GCAUCAUUUAAUUAUACGUUCUCGCAAUCUCUCUCACAAGUCGAUGAGUGUCAGUUACCGUUUGAACUGUAGAUUCAUCAAUAGGCAGGCAUUCUGCUAACCGACUGCGAUUGCAUACAUCGACGGAAAUUUGAGACAGAUGGAGAACUUUUGGCGCCUACAAUAUUAACUUGCUUGUACGUGAGAGUUUCUGCGAAUGCAGCUCCUAUUUCGAGAGUCGCAGCUACACAAAUCUUUCCGAUCAGAGGAAACAAGAUAUCAGCCUACAUAACCUGACGGUGUGCGGCGUGAAAAAUUGAAAAGGAGGACAGCAGAUUCUGGACUGUAAAAGGAUCAGCAACAACGGGCCUUUAAGGACAAAGAAUGGUCAGACUCCUGGACAUAACAAGUGCCGUGGCGAAGUCCACCGAUGACGAGUCUGUCGCCUUGGAAUACAACAGGAGAGCACAUGCUUCAGGAGAAGGGGACAGGUACGAGGAGCGCAUGCUAGCCUUGGUCUUCCUACGCUGCUUGAAGCGCAGGCUGCUCUUCCAGUUGUCGGCCAACAAUGGCGAUGCAGGCAGGUUCGACGACUUGGUGCUGGUGUGGCGACCUAAGGAAGACACAAAGGCGGACAUCCUGCUAGUGCAAAUCAAACACAAGAUCUCCCUCAAUAACAUGCGCAUUAGCAGUAAACAGUGGUUGUCUGAGGAUCCUAAACGCAACUUUGGGAUCAGGGAGUACUGUGCCUCCUAUGUAAAAGUUAGAGAGUCACUUAAGAUGGACAGGGUCACAUUUGUGUUGCUGACAAAUGCCUUUCUGGGAGAAAGUGGAGAUAACAUAUUUGUGAGCCAGGAUGUGGACAGUGUCCCAGGGCUAGAGCUGCUACACGCUGGUGGUGACCUCUACAAGCUCAACUGGGACAACCCACAGGUGCAGAAGGCAGUGCGUCGAGACCCCAGCUUCGUGAAUCAUUUCUACUUGUUGUGCAAGCAGAGGGAUUGGGAGGAGAUUACGGACAACAUUUAUGGGGAGCUGGAAGAGCUGCUCGGUAUGGGUGGCCUCCUAUGCGAAUCCAUCUCUGAUAGUUUGUGUAAGAAUCUCCGGCAGUGGAUGAACAAGGAGAAUGUGUGUUUGACAGGUGGCUGGAGCAAGUGGCAGAAAAUUGUAGACGAAUACAUCAGGAAGGAGGUGACACUGUGCAGGUCGGUGACCACCAGACUCAAGUACUGCAGUGUGGAAGAGGUUCGAGGCUACAUAGAGUCCUCUAACCCUGCGUGGGUGAGGCCUCCAGAAACGGGAUCUGCAGCUCUCUCUGCUACAAAGAUCCACCAAGCACUGGCUCUCGAAUCACACAUCAUGGUGGUUGUGGAGCAGUUCAGAGAGCUGGAACACCAGAUUCUUCGCUGUUGGGGACCAUUUUGCAGAUGGUUGGUGAUUGUAGACGAUGAUAAGGAAGACAGUCCUAUCAUUUUGGAUGAGCUGGUAAGCCAGAUAGAAGAUGAGCGGCGUCUCGUGAUUGCGUCAUCGCGGGGAAUUAACUGCUUCGACGACAAAUACAAAUCAUCUGACGUCUCCGAUGACACCUGGGAUGAUUGCCUGGACAUCAAAGUCAGACUAAACGGGGACAGCUACGAAUGCCACCUGCGGGACCUGGUGGCAGGAGUCGAUGCUCUCAAGUCACUGCUGGACGAAAAGCCGGCGCUCUUGCUGGCUCUGGCACGGCUGUCGCAACCUCUGAGGAUGGGCCGGGAGCUGGAAACGCUGCCUGCACACUACGUAACAAGGGAGUUGGCGGACCAGAGGCUGCUGACGGACGAGUUCUUCUCGUCUCUGGGUGGGAUUCAUGAGUAUGAAAGUAAACAGCGAAAAGUCCAGCUCGAAGCAAUGGACACUGGUAGGAACAGAGUGAUCGUGGUGGGGGGACCCGGAACGGGAAAGUCGAAGAUGCUGUCAUAUGUGGCAAAGAAAAUAAAAGAAAGGGCCCCUGCAUGUUGGCUAUUAAGAGUUAAUCUUUUGGAUUUUUACACGGUUUUAGAGCACAGUGAUAGCGACGAGAAAGCUGUGGAAGGCAUCUUAGGGCGGUCAGUGUUUAGUGAGGGCGAGUUUGGUGACCUGGAAUACGCACUACUUCGCUACAAUCUGCGAGAGUCCCCAAGAGUGGUCUGUCUCGUGGAUGGCUUCGACGAGGUGUGCCCAGAUUACAUCAGAAGGUGUCUCGGGGUGUUGCCUCUGCUGUCACCAAGCGAGGGCAAGCUUCUGGUGACGACGAGGCCAGAAACUGUCAAGCUCUUGAAGGCUCAGAUGGGUGUGAAUGCACAUUCUCUGGAGCGUUUCAGUAACUUAGAGCUAACAGAAUUCUUCAGACGCCACUCCUCGAGGGGAAACAUCCAACGUUUCCUUCGUCUUAAGCAGAACGUAAGGAAUCUACUGAGAACGCCUCUAUUUGCUGAAAUGUUUGCAAAUCUGUCCCAGGAAUUAGGUGAGAAAUACGACAUUGUGACUCUGUACGAAGCUUUCUUCCGAAAUAAAUUCAGGAGGCUUUAUGAGGAAAAGUGUGGUGACAACUUUUCCGCUCCUGGGAAGAAGAGAGAAGUGGAGGAGGCACUGAAUAAGCACGAGGAACAGUUGAUGCCCCUCGCAGCAUCCGUUCUGUUGCGCGGUCCGGACAUACCGGCAAAGCCGUCAUUCAAUAGGGACUACUUUGUGAAAGCCGGAAUUGUGUACGAGUUUGCCGAUGGGAAGCCCGCGUUUCUGCAUAGGACGUUCGCCGAGCACUUCCUCGCCAAAUGGUGUUUCCUCGGGGAUGGAAAGCAGAGUCGUGCGGCACUGUACCGCAAGGCCUACGUGCGCAAUCGACUCGAGUUCUUUGUGGAGUCCUUCAACCGCAGGGCAGUGAGGGGUCGGCCGCUGCUGGAGGCUGUACUGGACGGCGACCAGGGCAAGGUGCAGGCGCUGAUGGCCGAGGGUGCCGACCCCGGACAGACAGACGAGUGCGGGCGCAACGCACUGCAUCUGACCGCAGCCACCGAUACGGUAGGCUGCGGUGGGGUCUUCUCCAUCUCUGUGCUGCGGCGACUGUGGGGAGACGCUUGGAAGGCCACGUUGUCUGCUGUGGACGGCCUGCUGGGGUGGACUCCUGUGAGGUACGCCGCUGAGGGUGGACGCUGGUUAGCCUUGUACAAGCUGCUGUUCGAUGGCGGUGACCUCAGCCACCUCGGAGACUUCCAGGUGGGGCUGCACGACCCUGUAACGUUGCAGGCCAUAUUCGAACAUUGUGGAUACUGGAUGCUGUACCAGCAUGUCAUCAAGCGGAAACAUCCCGUAAAGGAAAGUAUGGAAGAACAAGUCGAGUUUGCUGUAUCCUUGGUCGCUGCAAAGGUGCGAAGAAAAUGUCUGAAUCUCAUAUACCACAAGGCCAGGAAGAAAGGGCAUUUGACGGUGUGCACCUUCCUCCUGGCAGUUGAGAACUUGAGAAUAUCAGAAGAAGUUAUGUUUUUUGGCCAGAAGAGAGAAAGGAGCAGUUUCAGCUACAGUUUUGUCACGGAGGUUCCAGAUGGUGGCGCCACACCCCAGACAGACGUGCUGUCUUCAGUGACCACCAGUGGCAGUGGGCAGUCAGAGGCACAGAACACGAGGACAGACGAAAGUGGCAUCCACUCGUUUCUGAGCUACUGAGCCAGCCUCUCUAGACACAAAUAACGUAUCUUAUGUCAAA